UAACGCUGAGACAGGCUCAGGACGGAUCUGAGAGGUUCCUACAGCUGACCGGCGCUGGGGCUGUGUUCCUGUGGAGGCUAUGAGCUGCACCAUCGAGAAGAUUCUGACCGAUGCUAAGACGCUACUGGAGAGGCUGCGGGAGCACGAUGCUGCGGCCGAGUCGCUAGUGGACCAGUCCGCGGCGCUGCACCGGCGGGUGGCCGCUAUGCGGGAGGCGGGGACAGCCCUUCCGGACCAGUAUCAAGAGGAUGCAUCCGAUAUAAAGGACAUGUCCAAAUACAAACCUCACAUUCUGCUCUCCCAAGAGAAUACACAGAUUAGAGACUUGCAGCAGGAAAACAGAGAGCUAUGGGUUUCCUUGGAGGAACACCAGGAUGCUUUGGAACUCAUCAUGAGCAAAUACCGGAAACAGAUGUUACAAUUAAUGGUUGCUAAAAAAGCAGUGGAUGCUGAACCAGUCCUGAAAGCUCACCAGUCUCACUCUGCAGAAAUUGAGAGUCAGAUCGACAGAAUCUGUGAAAUGGGAGAAGUGAUGAGGAAAGCAGUUCAGAUGGAUGAUGACCAAUUUUGUAAGAUUCAGGAAAAACUAGCACAAUUAGAGCUUGAAAAUAAGGAACUUCGAGAGUUACUGUCCAUCAGCAGUGAGUCUCUUCAGGUCAGGAAGGACAAUUCAAUGGACACUGCUUCCCAAGCCAUCAAAUAAUUCAGCUUCUAAAUGACGGCUGGAGAUUGUUUAUUAAGGAAAGAAGUUAUUAUCUCUCUAUUCUAGUGUUGUCCAUUUAGUGUCUUGCCUCAGACUUGAUUUAAUGUCGAUUAAAUGUAUCAAGUGGCAUUUUAGAAUUCACAGUCAAAAGUUCUGUCCACAGAACAGUUUUUGGGUGAAACACACUGAGUUUCACCAUUCCUUUCUCUAAGAGACUAUUAAUUUUCAUAUCUGGGACCUCAAUUUAUAUAAACUGUGUUUUCAGUUCAUUUUUGUUCUUUCAUAUCUCUGAAACUUAGAGCAUUUUGUUAAAAGCCAGUUCUUUUAUUCUAUAUAGGCUUGUAAAUUACAAUUCUAAAAAAUUUAGAGAGAGAGUUCCCAUCAUGGCUCAGCGGGUUAAGAACCCAACUAGUAUCCAUAAGGAUGCAGAUUUGAUCCCUGGCCUCACUCAGUGGGUUAAGGAUCCGGCUUUGCCAUUAGCUGUGGUAUAGGCCACAGAUGUGGCUUGGAUCUGGAGUUCCUGUGACUGUGGUUUAGGCCAGAAGCUGCAGUCCAUUUUGACUCCUAGCCUGUGAACUUCCAUAUGCCACAGGUAUAGCCCUAAAAA